GUUCAGGACCGGGCUGGCGCGUUUUUGAAAGAGCAAGAGACGUCAAGAAACAUGUAUUUUGUAUUCCUACUCAGACGAACAAUUCGGGAAAUAUCAGUUUAACGGUUUCCACUUCGCGUUCACACACCUGUGGCGGACAUGUUGGGAAUGUACGGAGCACUUCUGGGACUUGUGAGGAGCGAAGCUGCGACGAGAGUAGCAUCUACCGACGUCUGCUAGCUUGUUGUUUUACGGUGAAAUUUAUAUGUGUGGUGGCAACACACAGAGCUGUCCGCCUCACACAAUGAACUUUGCCUCUGUUGUUCACUCACAAACACGGGGAAGUGAAUAAGAAACGGAAAGAAGACGGUCUAAGAAGUUGCAGCAAGUUACCUGGUCGGUUUUAUCGGUCACUUCACAUUAUGGCUGGUGUUGUGGCUAUGGCAUCUAUCAUUGAGGACUUUGACACCCAGCCUUGCAAGAAAUCUCGCAAAGAUGGUGGCAGUCCUGUUGUCAAGACAAUCACAAACUACUUCUCACCUGUGCCCAAGCCUGCGGAGAAACCCUUUUCACCUCCUCGCUCCAACAACAUCAUGGACUACUUCAGCCGUAAGGCUCCGUCCUCUAAAGAAAAGACCAGCUCACCUGAGCAGUCAAAAGAGAACUGUCAGACGUCUCCACCUGCAGAAAAACACACCAGACCAGAGGCAGCAGUGAAACAGCCAUCUCAGAGACGGAGUAGAAAAGCCAGCAAAGCUGCAAGAAAACUUGUGGAGGCUGAGGCGGUUAGCUCCACAGAUGAGGCGAGCUGCAUAAUUGUAGAGGAACCAGCAGAAGCAGUCAGCAGCUGUGGUGUUUUUGGCAGUGAUACAGCAGCACUGAUGGCCCAGUUCAGUGCUGAGGCUUCUACUGGAGAAUCAGAAAGGAAUAAACAAGAAGAAGAUGAAGAUGUCAAACUUCAUCCAGAACUUAACAGCAUUGAAUUAUCUCCAAUUGUACCAUCAAAAGAUAAAGUCAAACCCACUGCACGAAACUCUAAGAAGGCAAAGCAUUCAGAAGCAGAGGAGAGAGAAAAAGAGAGCUCCUUGUGUGAUGUUAGUAUGGAGGUCAACGUGGAUGAGGCCUCUCAGUUAAACAACAGCACGGUCACAAUCUCCUUUGAGGAUUUUGUGCGGAGUCAGAGCCAGGACGUGGGUGAAGAGGACAUGGAAGAUGAACAGGGCAAAGACGAUGUAAGUAAAAUCACAACAGAGGCAGAAGCAAUGGACACUGACCAGUUGGACAUCCCUAAAGCUGAAGAGCAUGUGGGUUCUGCGGAGCCACCUUUUCAAGUCUCACCCCGAACCGUCACCAUCCAGGCUGAAGUACAUGCAGUCUCACCCAAACAGGAAGCCAACAAGGCAGGGCCAAAGGUAGCUUCCAUCUUCAACAGGAAAAAAGGGGCGACGAGCCCUGCAGAGGUUGUAACGUCUCCUCACACAGAGGCCGGACACCUUCCCCCUUCUACCUCCCUGACUGUCAAGCGUAAAUCCAAUGUGGUUCUUCAAGAGGAAGAUCUAGAGCUGGCUGUGCUUGAGAGUGAAUCCAUGCCCAAGUGCAGUGAGGCAGAGAGGAAGCAGUUCAUGGCUGCCUUCAAACAGCCCGGUCUGGAUGCGUCCAAAACGAAGCCUGGUAAGGUCCAGGGCAAACAGAAGCAACCAGGAGAGAAGGCUUUGGACGAUGCGGACAAAGUUGCAGAAGAAGACGCUGUAACUCCAGCCUCUGUUGAGCAAGUCCCUGCUGCUUCUCGGGAAAACAAAGUAGCUAAGAAGAAGCCAGCAAGAAAAGGUAGAAAGAAGGCAGUAGAAGAGAAGGAGGCAGUCACCACCCCACCUGCUGCUUCUGCGGAAGACACAGUGACCACAGUUAUUGAGACCGUUGAUAAAGAAGAGGAGCCUCCCAUCACCUCAACUCCCUCCAUCCCAGCAGUAAGGAGGUCCAGAAGAGAGGCUGUAAUCAGGCAGUCACCGGAGACCACCCCAACAACUCCAAUCAGAAAAACCAGGAAACGCAAUGAGUCGAAGGAUGCAGCUGCUGCUGCCGCCGCCACCGCCGAUGACAGCCCUGCAAAGGUGUCCACCCCAAAGACACGCAAGUCCAAACGUGGCGUCUUUGUAGCAGAGAUGGUGUGCCCACCUGACUCAAAAGAAAGUCCAAUCAGGAUUAAAUUUACUAGAGUCCAUAGAAAUGCGACCAAGGCUGAAAGUGGCAUAAACACUUCUUUGACUCCUAAAACAUCAGCUGACUCUAAAACACAGAGGCAGGCGAAGAAGUUGGUGGAGAAAGCCAAGGUCAUUCAGCAGAGUAAAAAAACUGCUGUCAAGGAGAAGGGCACCUUAAGGCGUUCAUCACGAACUGAGGCCUCCACCAGGAAGAGCUACUGUGAAGAUGAGGAUUCUGUCAUCUGCCUGGAGGACGCCCAGAGUACCACUCCCCAGGCAGCAGGAAAGACUAAAACCCAGAAACCUUUACGCAGUCUGAAUGAAGUUCUGGGUAAAGCCCCAUCUGGUGGCAAAGAGGCCAAGGCUGUCCCAGGCUCCAAAGCGACCGCGCUGGGCCAAGAGAAAACUGCUCGGAAGGUGUCUGCAGUGAUUUCCAUCUUUGAUGACAGCAGCAGAGAGGGCUCUGAGAACUCCCAGGAUGAUGAGCAGUUCAGGGCGCGCAGAGAGUUCUUGAAGAGCGGCCUACCUGAGUCCUUCAGGAAACAGAUAGCCAAGACUGCUGCCACCAAGGAGGCCUACUCUCUCUCCUGUUCCUCCUUUCAACCUGUUAUUCACAUAAACCAAGCACCAAAUGAUUGUCCUCUUUGGGGUCUGUUGUGGCCUGAGUCUUCAUUACUGUCUCAUAUGAAAGAGCUUUGGAGUCAAACAUCCAUCCUGACUCCAUCUGUUAGCGGCUCCCUUUGUGUGAAGACGCAACCAGCUCAUAGAGCCUUCUGUGAACGGGGUUCUGGCUGGAGGCCUGAGAUCUCUGAAAGUGUUCGUCAGCUUCUAAUGGAGGAGGUCAGCACCUGUAACCCUCCCUUCCCUGUUCAGACGUUCCUCACUCGCUUCCUGAAGAGACGCGCCGACCACCAGCAGCAGUGCACAGUCUCAGAACCAGAGGCUGUAACCAGAGCCACAAGCUCCACGCUGCCUGCUGAACAAGUAGGAGGGAAGAGGAAGAGGACAGAUGAUGAGGGGGAAACAACAGUGAAGGUGGCGAAGAAGCAACGAGCCUGUGUAGAAGAGAAAGUUUCUGAGCCUGAGCCAACAAAAAGGGGAGGCCGUACGAGGCGAUCUCGGAGAUCAAAGCCAGAGGAGGAGGUGGACGACAAAGCCAAGCCUUCAGUCAAGACUGCUCCCAUCCCAUCUGAAGACGACUGUAUGAUUGUGACUGAUGAGCAGCUUUUGGGAGAGAACACUGGAAAUAAAGAUGUGGUGAAGGAGGACGUGCUGUGGACAGACAAAUAUCAGCCUCAGCACUCCAGUGACAUAUUAGGCAACGCUGCCGCAGUGAGGAGGCUGCACAGCUGGCUGAAGGAAUGGAAACUACGCGCAGACCGAGAAGAGAGAAAGAAGCAGAAAGACAAGACACAAGAGGAAGGCAGCAAUGACUCAGACUGGGACUGCGGAGAAGAGGACACCCAGGAUGACGAGGACAUGUUAUGUAACACACUGCUUAUCACAGGACCCACUGGAGUGGGAAAGACUGCUGCAGUCUAUGCUUGCGCCCAGGAGCUCGGCUUCAAGGUAUUUGAGGUGAACGCUUCAUCUCAGCGGAGCGGCCGUCUCAUUCUGUCCCAACUGAAGGAAGCCACUCAGUCACACCAGGUGGACAGUCAGGGGGUCAACGCCCACAAACCCACCUACUUCAACAGUUACGGCACAAGCAGCAGCGCUGGCGCUCUCAGGCCUGGAUCCUCUCCCAGAAAGGUUAACUCUCCUCGUAGGGUGGUGUCCUCUCCCAGGAAAAAUCCCCAGUCCCCAAGAGGUACAAAAAGAGGAGGCCUGGCUCCCACCUCUUUGGCUAACUUCUUCAAAAUGGGUCGACCCACCACCAAGGAGACGCCCAACACUAAGAAGAACGAACAACCAGCUGCUUCCAAGAAAGCCACAAAAGCAAAUGAAGGUGCCAGUAAGCAGAAGGACCCCGCAGUCAAAUCUCCAACAGCCACCACCCCUAAAGAGAAGGAUAGUGAGGAGCAGAGCAAGAAGACAGCCACCUCACUGAUCCUGUUUGAAGAAGUGGAUGUUAUUUUUGAUGAUGACUCGGGGUUUCUAGCUGCCAUCAAGACAUUUAUGACCACUACGAAGAGGCCAGUCAUCCUCACUACCAGUGAUCCUGCUUUCAGCGCCAUGUUUGAUGGCAACUUUGAAGAGAUCCAUUUCAGAACACCUUCAGUGAUGGAUGUGAGCAGCUUCCUGAGGGGGUUGUGUCUGACUGAGGAUGUGAGGACAGACCUGUCGGACAUCAGCUCUCUGCUCAGACUCAAUGGAUGUGACAUCAGACAGAGUAUACUGCAGCUGCAGUUCUGGACUCGCAGCGCAGGCGGCCACCACGUGACCAGGCCACUGACGCACACUGGCAAAGAUGAGACUGAUAAGGAGGCAGCUGCGUGUGCAGUGACGGACCCACCCACUCUCCCUCCCUGUGACACCGGCUGCACUGAGAGCAUGCUGGGCCUGCUGAAUGUUGAACCUAAGAGGGACAUUUGGGAGCUGCUCAGGAGCCAGAGUCCAUCGGAGGAGACACUACGCUGGGAGCUGCUGACAAACUGCAAGCGACGAGGAGUGGACCUGCUCUAUUCCAACAUGGAGACACUCUUACCUCUACCUCUCACACAGUUGACUACCUCUACCCACAAACCAGAGCAGUCUGUUUCUGCAUCACAAGACCAUCCUUCCGUUAAUCUGAAAGAGAUGCCAUCCCAUGCCAGGGUACUGCACACGUCAGAGUCAGCAGAUUGCUCAGAUGACGGCAGUCCAGUUAAAAUGUCAGACAGAAUGAGGAAGAACAAGAGGCGGCACGGUCUACCUGACCAGGAUGGACUGGACUCGGACUCAGAGGACAGUUUUCUAUCUCUCUGCAAGCCACAGGGCGCUCCUCAGGCAAAGGAGGAGGUCAAAGAGAGUUCCGUUUCACAGAGGGUGAAGAGAAAACCACUUACUCCAGAGGAGCGGGUAAAAAGUCUCCCAGUCUCCCAGUGUCUGGAAUCAAUAGCUGACUUUUUAGACAACAUGUCGUACAUGGACUCAGCCUUGCCCGUUCAUCUAGAAGGGGGUGACGGCCACAGAGGAAUGUCAAUAGCCAGUGCAGUGAUGAAAGACGGGAUGACAGAUGAAUCACGUGUUGAGACUGAGAGAGGGAGCUGGAUGAGAGGAGAACAUGUCUCUGAGAUCUCAGCUGCUGUGGAGGCUCUGAGCUUCCACAAGUGCUGUGUUUCUGUAGCGGAGGCAUGGGACAAAGCCCAGAAACUAGAGGGGGAGCUGGGAAAAGAGGCUGCGGCAGAACUCACCCUCCCUGUGGCCGCUCAUCGACAAAGUCACAGCAUCACUCAGGAGGGUCCCUGUCAACCACAGCUGGCCCAGCGGAGGAGAGAGGUGAUGGAGAGUCUGACGUUCAGAGGAGUGUUUGGUACUCUGGGCAACAAACCAGCAGCUGCUCUGGACUACUUGCCAGCUCUUCGCACCAUCUGCAGAUCAGAGCAGCUGAAGGAGCAGGGCAAAGUUAAACGAAGGUUCCUACACUACUUGGAUGCGAUCCACCUUGGUCUUGCAAAGAGCACUCUGCAGUACCUUGCUGAAGUUUUCCCCGGAACCACAGAGGAGAUCAGACGUGUCCUCAUGAUCACACAGAGUCCUGAAACAAAUACUGCUCUUUGAGUGGUCACACUUUGAAGGUCCAAAUGUUUUGGCUGAAACACAUUUACAGGUUGUGUUGUGAAGCGAGGAUGAAUAGUCAGGCAGCAGUAUAAAUCAUAGUGCCUUUUGCCACCUUAAAAUCCUGACCUCGGCAUGAGAUGAUCUGGUCAGAAGUGUGUGUGCACAGAGGACUGUCUGGUGAAGCUUCCACUUGUUUCUUCUAGGAUGAAAUGACUGAAUCACUGAAUACAGGAAAGGUAUUCUCACCUGAAGGGCACACAGCUAAAUAACCUCAAAUGCCUGAUUCAGCACAUCCUUUGGUGCUUUCAAAGACUGCACUAAAGAUUUUUACUUUAUAUGGUUUUUGUAAUAUUAAGCUGUGCUGGAGUCUGUUUUUUUGUACAGUAGUGUAUUGUACGCUGAGGCCUUUGCAUUUUGCAAAGUGUUUUUAUUAAGUAGAGUAUGUAUCGUUAAUGAUUUGUAAGAGAUUAACAUGUAAAAUAGAAUUUGUAAAGGCUGUGUGUAAAUUGUCACUCUCCACACAAAGUACUGUUGAUGCACUCAGGAUCUUAUCCAAGUUAUAAACGGCAGACGGCUUUUCACAGAAAGUUUGUCAGCUUCACAUCACCGUCACAUUCAACACUGAUUUUCUUUUUUCUUUUUUUUAAUUUUUAUUUGAUCUUUUUUCACCCACAGAGUAAUCAUUUGCAUAUCAGUUACUCACCAUGUUUCUUUUAGUUGCUGAAGAAAGCAUUGUUUUUCUUGCUUGCCUUUACGAUGAUCGGAGAAUCCAAAGACGUAGAAAAUGAACUGAAGUUAAAAGACUGUGUUUAACUAUAUAAAAACAUUGAUUUAAAAACCCUGAUGCAACUCCUGCACUAUAAUCCAAGUCUUAUGCUGCAGUCAUGUGCUCCUCAGAUGGUACUUUUCUGUGAGGUAGAAAGUCGUUCUUCCCACUUUGGUGUGUUCAUUAGCUUUUUAGUUAUAAUGUGGAAAGAAUAUGUGCUGCUUUUUAUACCCCAGAGCAUUAAACGUCCUAGUGAAGAUUCGUGUUGCUAUCCAAGUAUGGUGAAACAAACGUUAGCUUUAUAUAACAGUAAUUUUGUCCCAGACUUCUUGCUAUACCCGUACUCCCUAAAACCACUAAAAUCUUGCUUUAUCUUUGUUAUCUACGGAAGCACAUUGCAUUCACCGAAUAAAUAAAAAAAAUCUCGUAAUUACAAGAUCUUUUCUCGUAAUUACAACAUAUCUCAAUUCACCUCUGUAGUCUACAGGUAUAACGCUUUUAUUCUGAAAAAUGUUGACCGGAAGUACCGUCCAACUGUUUCUCGGUGGACUCACUUUAAAAUCAGCUAGCAUUAAUGUUAUUACGGUAUCAGCGAAAGGCCUUAAGGUAGUACAACGUCAGGGUCUCGUAAUUACGACAUCAGGAUGUGUCGAUUUUUUUAAAAAUUUUUUUUAUUAUUAUUAUUAUUAUUCAGUGAAUGCAGUGUGCUUCCGUAGUCAGGGUUAAUGCUAACAAAAAGCUUUUUAGUUACGAAUACAACCUAAUACCAGAUUACAAGUUACAUGUGAGCAAAAAGUAAUAUGCAAUACGUGAAUUAAUAAAAACUUUCUUAACAUAAAUCAAAUGUUUACAUUCAUCUGCCAUGUUUUCUGCAUAAUAUAAUAGCAGUUUGACCAGUUGUGUACCAAAAUUUUCACCUAUCUAAGUUGUGCUGACUUUAGGGGGCGUUCAUGUGGAUUUUCCAAGUAGAGAACUAAUUUUUCCAAUUAUUCCAACACGACAUGAAUGCAGCAUUUUUCAAAACCUCACUAUUUAAACACUGAAGUAUGAACAGUCUCAUGCACUGAGGCGCUGCACCCAAGGCAAGUGUGUGCAUUUGAACGCAGCAUGUGCACUUACACAAGUGCUCUGCUGGUGUGCGUUGGUUGAACAUGGUGCAGUUUUACUCCUCUUGGAAGAGUUUUCUGGUUUUGGAUUCUUCGUUCACCAUGGAGGCAUGUGAGAGAAAGUUUACUUCUCAAACUCAACACAGGGUGAGGAAUUGAUUUACAAAUGAUCAUUUUGUUGGUGCAGUGUUCCUUUAAUAUGUACACAUUAUUCACAGUGGGGUUUUGUUGUGACCAAAUAAAGG